AUGGUUCGAGCAUUAAGGCGUAAAAAGUUCCAGAGGCCAAAGAAUCAGCAACAAUAUGAUGAAGGUGACCCAGAAGGAUACAAAAGCAUGGCUGUCCCUGAUAAAAUCUCGAAGGACAAAAUUGAUGAGUUUCACGAUGAGAAGAUUGAGAAACUCCUCGCCAGUGGAGUAGACUUGCACAGCGAUGAGGAGGAGCUGGAUGAUGAGGAGGAAGUGAUGGCUUUAGAUGAUUCCGAGACAGACGAUGAUGACGAUGAAGAUGAGGAGGACAAUGAGGAAGACGAGGGCACCGACAUGGAGAGUGAUCUGGAGGGAAAGAACGAGGAAGAGCUACCCAAUGAACUCGCAUGGGGCACCAAGAAGAAGAUGUUCUAUGACUCUGACUACAUGGCCACAAAGGGAAAAUCACAGGAGGAACUGGAAGCGGCGGAUGAAGAAGAGGAAGAAGAAGCAAAGAAAAUCCAAAAGCGUAUGGCGGAACAACUCAGUGAGGAGGAUUAUGACUUGAAUCUUUUCCAGGAAUUUGCCAAAGAGGACCAAACCGAGGCGACGGUUGUGGAAAAGGAGAAGAUCGUUAAGGACUUGAAGCAGAUGUCUCACAAGGAGAAAAUGAAACUGCUGAAGAAGGAGUCGCCUGAGUUGCUGGAACUUAUUCAAGACUUUAAGGCAAAGCUUACAGAAUUGAAGGAGCAAUUGCAACCACUUGUGCAAAUGGUCAAGGAUAAAAAGAUCCCACCAGGAAAGGGCGCCGACUACCUGAAGACAAAACAGCAGCUUUACCUCAAUUAUUGUACCAACAUCAGCUUCUACUUGGUCCUCAAGGCCAAACGAAUUCCCGCUCACAACCACCCGGUCAUCGAACGACUGCUCACCUACAGAAAUCUCAUCAAUGAACUGAGCUCAGUUGACGCCCGCUUGGAGCCGCAGUACAAAAAGCUGUUAGCCGCUCGAGAAGAAGAUGAAAUCACUCGCAAACCAGCGGCCGGGAAGAAAGAUGCAACAACCGCCAGAAAAGACAAGGAUUCCGGGAAAGCGGUGUCAGAAACGGCAGUGGCUUCUGACUCAGAUUUGGACGAAGAGGCGGCGUUGCGUUUCUACAGAGAAGUGGAGGAGAGGAUGAAGUUAAAGAAGAAGAGCAAACAGCGGAAAGCCCAAGAGGGGAAUGAAGAUGUAAAUGAAGAGGAAGAGCUGGAUCCAGAAGCGAAAAGAAGCAUCACAUACCAGAUGGCCAAGAACAAAGGACUCACUCCAAAGAGAAAGAAGAUUGACCGGAACCCCCGAGUCAAGCACCGGGAGAAGUACCGGCGUGCAAAGAUUCGCAGAAAGGGCCAGGUCCGCGAGGUUCGUCGGGAGGAGACGAGAUACAGUGGAGAACUGUCUGGCAUCCGCGCAGGAGUCAAGAAGAGUAUCAAGCUCAAGUAA